AUGGAUCUUCUCAACUUGAUCACCUCGAUCUUGAAGGAGACGCCCCCGCAUACACUAUUUGCGGCGUUUGCAGCAUUGGUCAUUGUUGCAUUCUACGGCCUCUACGCCGUACUCCAUGUCAUCGCACCUAAACCCCGAGGCGUUCUCCCUUCCGAAAAGACUUAUAUCACUACCACACCCACCGGAACUGAAAGACGGCAGCUUCCAUGCUGGCAUGACCGAUGGCUAGCCGACCGACACGCAAGCGAGGCUAGGGUAAAAAAUGACGAUCCCACCCUAACCGACAUCGCAGACACCGGAUCAAUCGAGCCUGCCGAAGUCCGUAUGAGCGUAGUUUUCCCCGCCUACAACGAAGAAGACCGCAUCCUACCGACCUUAGAAGAGGCAGUCGAAUACCUCGACGCCACAUUCGGCCGCGACCCUCGCCCCAAGCCUAGCGCCCUCCCCAAACGAGCCCCCGUCCCCCCUCACAGGCACGUUAAGAACGCGCCGCGCGAGGACCUGGCCGGAUACGAGAUCAUCAUCGUGAACGACGGCAGCAAGGACCGCACGGUCGAAGUAGCGCUCGACUUCGCGCGCAAGCAUGAGCUCCACGACAUCCUGCGCGUGGUGACGCUCGAGCGCAACCGCGGCAAGGGCGGCGGCGUGACGCACGGGCUACGACACGUAAGAGGCGAGUACGCGCUAUUCGCGGACGCGGACGGGGCGUCUAAGUUCAGCGACCUGGGCAAGCUGGUCGAGGGGUGCGAGGAGGUCGUCGACGGCAGCCACCGGGGCGUGGCGAUCGGAAGCCGUGGCCACCUAGUUGGCAGCGAAGCCGUCGUUAAGAGAUCGGCUCUGCGCAACUUCCUCAUGCGUUCGUUCCACCUCGUACUGACUAUUUUGACACCGCCGGCCACUUCGCGCAUCCGCGACACCCAGUGCGGCUUCAAGCUGUUCUCGCGCGCCGCUUUACCUCACAUCGUGCCGUACAUGCACGCCGAGGGCUGGAUCUUCGACAUCGAGAUGCUUAUGCUAGCCGAGUCGGCGCCUGCCGUCCCGGUGCUCGGCAGUGACGGCGCUGUUAUUGGCAGUAGCCCCGGCAUCAAGGUUGCCGAGGUGCCGAUUGACUGGCACGAGGUCGGCGGGAGCAAGCUGAAUGUUAUACAGGACAGCAUUAAGAUGGCUAUUGGCCUCGCUGUGCUACGGGCUAGCUGGAUGAUGGGCGUGUACCGGCGACGGUUGACGUAG